GCCAUUUCUUUUGCCCCUCCAUUUGCUGCCUUGCAGUCGAGAAGGCUUGCAUGGUCCCCGAGCGAUUGCUGUUCAAGCUGCUCCAGCUGUCCAAGCGCUGUCGCAUGGCCAACGUUGCUGCUGCAAUUGCUGAGGCAGUGGAAGCGAUGGAGGCAGCAGAUGCAGCGGUGAUUCAAGGCGACGCGCCUUUGAUUGAGGAUGGCGAGGACGAAGAGCCUGCAGAGCCUGCUCGGGAUGACGGCGGUGAUCAAAUCGAUCCAGCUGGAGGCGCUGGAGAUGAUCAAGCCGUUCAAGCUGCCCCAGCCGUCCCAGCCGUCCGAGCUGCCCCAGCCGUCCAAGCUGAAGGCGCGCUGGUGCCUGCUGGCGAGAAUCCCGUGGCCCGAUCUAUGCGGCAAGAGAUCGCGGAAGGGGUCAUGGCUGCAGUGGGCAGCACGCCUUUUCACCUGCGCAUGGAUGAUGCCAUGUUGCUCGAGCAGGAAGAGGUGCAGCGGCACGCAAUCGCGUUGCCGCAGGCCCCGAGCUUUACGCUGCCAGCCACCGAGCGGCACAUCGUGGAAACUGCCCGGGAUUUGCUCGCAAAGAUCCCAGCCGGGGGAGGCGUCCCCCAGAGGUUCAUGGUCUUGUCGACCAUCGUCCGAGAGCACCUGGAGCAGUUCGCCGAAGUGCAGGUCUCAUCAGAGGUGUCACAAGCCUCAGAGGUACAGCACGAUGGGAAAAGAGCAAAGGAAGCUGAGAAGAGAGGGAGGCCCGUGGUUCAAGCUAGCGCUUUGGUGAGUAGAUCUUUCACCAUGAGCCUGUCGGCUGAUCUUGAAGCUGACCCUCAGAUUCGCAGCAGGGGUAGACAGAAUGCUCGAAUUACCAUCUGGCCUUCAUUGGAGGCCACCGGAGUUCCCUCUGUGAAAGCUUGUGCGCUCAACACCCGGAAUGAGGCUUGGCCCGCGACCCAAAAUCCAGGACCCCUACAGGUGAAGCAAUGGCGACACCUGAUGCUGUUGCCAGAGAGUCAGUCCUUGGUGAAUCUAGACCCGUCUUUGAAGCCUGUCUGGGACAUUCUGGACUUCGCCUGGGGACCCCCUGAGGCAACCGACGGUGCCGCAGCGGCGACCGAUGAUGAAGCACCUCGGCUGUUGGCGAUCGAAGAUGGGAACGUCGGCAGUGAUGAUGAGGGGACCAUCACCACCACAGAGCCAGAACAGACUUCUGACCGUGUCGAACCUGAAGAGAUUACUUUGGACCAUCCGGAUUUCGGAAUCUAUGGGGCCCUUGCUCACCAUGUUCGUCCUGAGGAUAGGGUCCAUGAACCGGCUCCAGUGGGUGGUGAUCAUGUGGCUGGUGCUGUGAUGGUUGAAGAGUCUCAGCCUGCCUUUGAAGAACCCGAUUCUCAAGUUGACGACCCAUUUCCAGAAUACAAUGAUUGCCAUCUUGGCACGCAGCUGGAUGAUGAGAGCAUUGACGACACCAUGGACAAGAGUGUCGACACCAUGGGCAAGACUGACGAGUCCAUGGACGACACUAUGGACAAGACUGACGAGUCCAUGGACGACACUAUGGACAAGACUGACGAGACCAUGGACAAGACUGACGACCUCAUGGACAAGAGUGUCGACACCAUGGACAAGACUGACGACACCAUGGACAAGAGCGCUGACACCAUGGACAAGACUGACGACACCAUCGGCAAGAAUGCCGAGACCAUGGACAAGACCGAGAAGACCACUGAUGAUUCUGGGAAGCCCGCUUCAUCAGAUGCGAUGCCGCCUCCGCCACCAGUUUCUCCUGACCAUAUGAGGCGCAAGCGUGAGAUCCAGGCCAAGAUGGAAGAACUCAGGCACAAGAUGGCCCAACGAUUCAUUGACCGUCAGAAGAGCUCAGCUUCCCUUGGUAGUGCUGGCCUAGACCUUGGAUAUGCAGCUGAUAACAUGGAGACAUUGCCCUAUGAGCCUGAAGGAAUCCAAGCAGAAUCCCUUGGCACCAUCGAGAUUGAGGAUUCCCCGGAACGAUCAAGCUCUGCCAAAGAUGAUCCUGCCAGCAAUGCUGCUGUGGCUUCGGUGGCUGCUGGAGCUGAUGGCAGCCAGGAAGAGCUGGAGCCUACCCAGUACGACGUGGAGCUCGCCGUGACCAAGGUCUUUCUGGAGAAGAGUUACAAGGCUCCGUUGCUCACCAGACGCGAGCAAUUGGGCACAGAGGACCAUCAGAUUGAAGCCCGUAGGGGCGCGGGUCGUGGCCGAGGAAAAGGUCGCGGUCGUGGGAAAAAGGCUGCAGCAUCUGAGACUUCAGUCAAGACUUGUGAGACCGAAGUCAAGGGUGGCAAAGCAUCUCAGACUGGAGCCGAGGCGGGCAAGUCAGUUGCCGACGGCAUGACAUGUGAGAAUGAAAUCAAGGAGGACAAGGGAUUUGACACUGAAGUGAAGGAGGAGAAGUUGGAGACACCGGCCUCGCCCAACCCGCCUCCUGGCGCAGAGCCAGGGCAGGUUGCGGCACUGGCACCUGCAGACAAGAAACCCAAGACGAAAAGGCAACCGAAAGCCGCAGCUUCGCCGAAGCCAGCGGCAAAGUCGAAGGGCCUUGCCAAGGCGAAGGCAAAGGUGAAGGCAAAGGCAAAAGCGAAAUUCAAACAGGCAAGCAAGUCCGCAAGGACAAAGGCGACUGCUAUGGCUGAAAGGGCCGCAGCCCAGAAGACGGAGGAGAAGAAGGAGGAGAGUGGGGCUGACCUACAUGAUGGUCCACCUCGCGCUGAUGGGGCUGAGCCGCCACAGAAGAUCCGCAAAAGAAGUCCAGAAGCCGCUACUUGUGGUGGCAGGUGGAUUCCCUCAGAUGGACCACAGAAGGAUCGCAUGAUGGUCAUCAAGUCGGUGUUUGAAGAGCAGUUGAUGCAUCGCUUGAAGGGGCAAAGUUUCUUCCAAAGCCCUUUCUUCAAGUUGUGCAAUGCAGAGUUCAAAGCCCGAGGUCUGAAUAACCAGUCCCCCUACGAUGAUUUCGUUGCUUGCGCUAGGGCCCAGGUUGACAAGUUCUUGUCUGAGCCGAGUGUCCGUGUCUUGGCUAAGCUUUGUGCUUUUAUGGGACCCCUAAGUUGUUUCCCCACUGCGGUCAAGUAUCGAGUCUUGCAACCCUUGAAGCUGGACAGCGACGAAUUUAUUCUCCUUGUUGUCCUCACAGCCUUCCUGGAAGUACCAGCUUGGCAAAGUGAACAUAAUCGAGGGUUACAAGUGGUAGAGAUGUUUGCUGGAGUUGGUCGCAUCGCCAAACUUGCUUCUUGGGUUGGCUAUCGGUCCCGAGCUGUGGAUGUGACUUAUCACCCACCCAAGUGUGCCAAUCGGAUGGUGGCCAGGUUGACACCGAUGUACCUUUGCCAGCUUUGUUUGGCGCGACACCGUGGACAGAAUGCCCGGAUGCAGAGCUUUUCGGGGUUCAAACAGCGUUGGAGGGUCAUGACUUCUCCCAUGGAUGGUUUGCGAAGCAGCAUCUGGUCUUCUGAAACCUUGGACUAUGGGAUGUCAGCCUUGAACCAGCAGACCUCCAAAUUCUUAGUCAAAGAUGACCAGGAUAAGGAACUUUUGGAUGAGUACAGGGAGCUUCAAUGCGAACUUGAAAGCCUCCACAUGGCUCCACCCGUGGAACCACCGGUGGAAGGUUCUCAGGAGGAUUCGGGCACUUGCAGUGACCAAGAGCAGGUACCUGAACAAACCGAUUCAGUUGGCGACUGUUUGGGGUACGAGAGCAGCUUGCAGAAAGCACUUGGGGGUAUCGAAUCCGAUGAUGAUAUCCAUGGUAUUCAAGAAGAUUCCGCGGAGGUUGCCCCCAAAAGUUUGGAUCGCAAACAUGCCCCUGGUGAUGGUGUCAAUGUUUCUACUCCACAGCCAGCUUUGGAGACUGCCCCCGCCGCAGCGGUUCCAAGUGCUGAUGUGGAUGAGGCCAUUGGAAAUUGUCCACGCAGAGCGGUUGCCACGCCUUGCCGGCCGAUCUUGGACUUGUCCCAGGGCUUUCUUGCUGAGAUCCCUGAUCUUGGAGACAAAACAGCUCCAAGACCAGCAAUUGGUGAACUUAGAAUUAGCCCUGAGGCCAUAGAGGCCCGACUCCGUCGGGUCUUUCAGCCCAACGUGAAAGGCCAGUAUAAAGUAAGCAGUGCAAUUGUAGAGCAAUGGAAGAACAAGAAGAAGGGCCGCAAGACCCUAGAGCAGAUGUUUCAGUCUUGUGGAUACAGUCCGGAGGCCUUUGUCGAGGAGUGUGAACUGAUCAGAGCGGAUUCUCUUGAAACCAAUCUCCGAAUUGAAGGGGAAUUUGUCACGGAAAGCAAAAUGCGGGACGAAUGGAACUGGUCAGAGACAAAGAUUUCGGCCGUGAAGGCCGAAGCGCGGAAGUCUCCACGCACCAUGAUGAGGAGUUUCCUGGUUGGAUACUUCGGCGUGUCGCAGUGUUUAGUCUUUAGGCAGAAGAGCGCCAUCACCAUGAAUCGUGGUGUGAAAUGGUCCCAAAACCCGCCAAAUUUCAAUGAGUAUGGUCCAGAGUGUGUCCAGGGAGCAGUCUUUGCACCGUUUCAGCAGUCAGCCCGGCCUCUCGAAGACGCACCUGCCAAGACCGAGACCAAGAGCCCACCCUCCAAGGCCUCCAGGCCUUCCAAGGCUGCUGUGGCAGGUGAUGACGGGGAGGAGGAACCUGAUACUGAUUCCAGCGCCGAGUCAGAGGAGGACCCAACUAAGACCGAAGCUGAUGAACAUAGGGCUCUGCUGGCCAAAAAAGCAGGGCUCCCAGAGGUUCAGCUAGAUGCUUUGCCCAGUACCCAAUCCACAAAGUACAUGAUCUGCAUCGCCAAGAGCUGCAAGGGCCUUCCGGAUGGCUUGACCCGGUUGGAGUCGGCAGAGCCUAUGGCUGUGGAAGCAUUGGGCGUGGAAUCUCGAAUGAGGCCCAUCUUGCCGAAGAAGAAGGCUGAAUCUUCACGGCGCCCUCCCAGGAGGGAGAAGCUGGCCCUGCUAACAAACGCGCAAAGCGCUGAGUGGUGUUUGGUGCGGCAUUGCCGGCGGAUUUUGAUGCAAUUCUCUGAUUCCGAUUGCUUGGCCAAUGGCCGACUGAUGCCGACUGAUCGUGAUCCGGUGCACAAACCACCUCUUCAGAAGCUGGCCCUGCUGUUCGCGCUUUCGCUGAAGCUCUGGAUCUAUCGGAACAAACUGGGAUGGAAUGUGACCUUGAAAGAGUUCCUCUACAAUGCCCCGAAUGGGGAUACUGUGUUGGUUCCCUACAUUGAUCCACAGGAUCUUUUGGCUUUUUUGCUUGAGCACCACCCAGAUGUCCUGGUGGGUGGUACGAGUAACCCACAGGACAUGACAUGGUCCGGGUGGGCGCUUCCGUGGGGCACUGACGACUUGCUGAUGCCGGUUGGCCUCUACGCCAGCGACAUCCUCGAGAUGGCGCGCCAAUUUGUGCAGUUGGCUGGCUUGGGGCCACGGCACGAUGGUCCCAGAAGCUUGGAUGCCUUUCUUUCAGACCAGAACCAGGUGGUCAUGGCUGUCGAGGACAGGUAUAAAAACCAGAUCCACUACAAGCUGGUGGAGAAGUUGGAUGUGGGCUUCGGACAAUUUUUCGAUUUUGGAGAAGAAGCUGGCUAUGGACCCACUUCCUAUUUCGUCUCGGCGGAGGGAUUCUUUUACGCCCUCACCUAUCGAGCUGCUGACGUGGCCCAGCGGAAGUUCGAAGGCACCCCGCGAUGGGCGAGUGCUUCAAGGGCGACUUCGACGACGACAAGUGGCUACCGAGCUGGAUCACGAGCAGCCUGCACCAUCCAGUGGGUUGGGGAGGGCCCCGAUGACUUCAACCUUCUGUGGGAUGGCAUGCAAGUUGAAAGGGCACUUGUGGCCACAAAGACGACAACGUCCAUGGUGCUUGCACUUCGGUUGUCCCGCUGGGAAGAUUCAAAAGGACGGCCCUGGAGUGUCACAUUGGCCAGAUGCUCUUCGGUCCCUGAUGGUGUGAAGAUGGCGAUGGCACAGUCGAACGUCCAUGCGGACAAAUACCGUCGCCAGACCUACAGGAACACCAAUGACAUGGAGCUCGCACACGGCAAGUUGUCACUUCCCGCCCACAGCCGGGCCCUUGCCUACGUUCUUUUUCUGGAGAAGCAGGUGCCUGGGAGGUGCUUCUCCAUGGCUCCUGUGCCAGAGUCUGCAAGCAAGGCAGUGAAGCUUUGGAUGCAGAGUCUGGCUGCAAAGCUUUUCUGGAACGAGCAGGAGAAGGAUUUGAUCCCCAUGGUCCAGUUCCUCCUGCGAGAUUUGCCUCAGCAGCGUUUGCCUAGCGCUCUGGUGACGGCAUACUUGCUGUAUCGGGCCAAGUGUGUGGUUCCAUCCUUGGCAUCACAAAGACUCGCAGAGCCCAAUGGCUGCGGCUGCAGUAGUGCCACGCUUCCGGCUGACCUUCAAGCAGCCUCUUCAAAGCGGGAAGUUGGCCAAAUCAAAAGAAGCAAAGCGUUCCAGACCGUGCUGCAAAAGGAAGGCAACGUCACGAAGAGCGCCAGCAAACAAGAAUUCCAACAUGAAAUGCAACGCAUUGCCAAAGCUUGUGCAAAAUUGACGCAGUCUGAGAAGAACAUCUACAAGGAAAAAAGCAGAUCGGAGUUCAUUGCACAAAGAGACGCCAUGAAAAGCCAUGGCUUGCCCACGCGGCGCAUGCAGAAUGCCUCAUUCUGCGCUCUGAAGAUCUUCCAGGGCAGCAAAGCUAUGAUCUCCUUGAAGCAAGAGGUUCUGAUUUUCAAUCAAAUCAAAGACAAGCUUCAAGAAGGAAUGCGGCAACUCUUUCCUUCCUUGUUAGAAGUCGAAUGCAAACCGCAGCCGUUCCCCUACUUGGCUUUGGAGUUUGCUGGGUCAAGCGUGUCCCAAGUGCUCAUCCAAAAUGGUGCUUUCACUGGAAGUGCAAUGCAGCGCCUAGCCACGCAGCUUAGAUCUGCCCUGCAAGCUUUGCACAGCAUCCGCAUACUUCAUUUGGAUCUCAAACCGGCCAACAUUCUGUGGGUCCAGGAGACUUCAUGCAUGAAACUAGCGGAUUUUGGAAUGCCUGAGAUGAUGGGGAUUGAAGCUGCCUCGAUAAGGUGGGUCUUCAAAGGUAGCAGCUGCAGCGGCGGCAACAAACUCAUGCGUGGAAGGGCAAGAACCGAAAAGAGCGUCUUCUACUCGUUGCUGUGGAUGGCG